CUGCUCGGUCUUGUUUCCAGGUGAAAGAGCGUUUGGCAUCUUUGUGGUUGAUCUUAAAAGGAUCUUCCCUUGAAAGUUAAAAAAUAAAAAAAAGAAAAAAAAGAAAAAAAACCCUCCCUGAAUGCCAACUCCUCUUGUAUCCACGAUGAGUUGCAACGGUUAUGCUCUAGACAUGGACAACACUGAUAACAUGGAUUCCUCUCGAGUAUUUGUCAAAGAUGUUAAGCGAAUUGUUGUAAAGGUUGGAACUGCUGUUGUUACUCGAGGUGAUGGAAGAUUAGCGCUCGGAAGACUAGGAGCGCUUUGUGAGCAAAUUAAAGAGUUGAACUCACAAGGAUAUGAGAUUGUUUUGGUGUCGUCAGGUGCUGUUGGCCUGGGUCGCCAGAGGCUUAAAUACAGAAGACUAAUCAACAGCAGUUUUGCUGAUCUUCAAAAACCACAAGUUGAGCUUGAUGGGAAGGCCUGUGCAGCUGUUGGCCAAAACAGUAUCAUGGCUCUCUAUGACACAUUGUUUAGCGAGCUGGAUAUGACAUCUGCGCAACUUCUUGUGACAGAUAAUGACUUUAGGGAUAAAGAUUUCAGAAGGCAACUUAAUGAAACUGUGAAAUCUUUGUUAUCUCUGAGGGUUGUUCCUGUAUUUAAUGAAAAUGAUGCUGUCAGUACAAGGAAAGCUCCAUACGAGGACUCUUCUGGUAUAUUCUGGGAUAAUGAUAGCUUAGCAGCCCUACUGGCUUUGGAGUUGAAAGCUGAUCUUCUUGUUCUAUUGAGUGAUGUAGAGGGUCUUUACAGUGGCCCCCCAGCUGACCCAGAGUCAGAGCUCAUUCAGACAUACGUUAGGGAAAAGCAUCAGUGUGAAAUAACUUUUGGAGACAAGUCUAGAGUGGGAAGAGGAGGCAUGACUGCCAAGGUAAAAGCUGCUGUCAAUGCAGCUUAUGCAGGCAUCCCUGUGGUUAUCACCAGUGGGUUUUCUGCUGAAAACAUAAUCAAAGUUCUGCAAGGAGAGGCUAUUGGUACCCUUUUCCACCAAGAUGCACAUUUGUUGGUUGGAGACAAUGAAGUAGGUGCUCGUGAGAUGGCAGUUGCAGCGAGGGAUUGUUCUAGACGACUUCAGGCCUUGUCUUCGGAAGAGAGGAAAAAGAUUUUGCUGGAUAUAGCUGAUGCCUUGGAAGCUAAUGAAAGCAAGAUCAUGGCUGAAAAUGAUGCUGAUGUUGCAGCUGCACAAGAGGCUGGAUAUGAUAAAUCCCUGAUAUCUCGCCUGGCUCUGAAGCCAGAGAAGAUUUUAAGCCUUGCAAAUAAUAUUCGUGUGCUUGCAAACAUGGAGGACCCAAUUGGUCAUAUAUUGAAGAGAACCGAGCUUGCGGAUGGACUUAUCUUGGAGAAAACUUCAUGUCCCUUGGGUGUUCUCCUGAUUGUUUUUGAGUCUCGACCUGAUGCACUAGUACAGAUAGCUUCAUUGGCAAUCCGAAGUGGGAAUGGGCUUUUGCUGAAAGGAGGAAAAGAGGCCAAGAAAUCAAAUGAAAUAUUGCAUCAGAUUAUCACUGAAGCCAUACCAGAAAAAGUUGGUGGAAGACUGAUUGGACUCGUGACUUCAAGAGAUGAGAUUCCUGAUCUGCUUAAGCUUGAUGAUGUGAUUGAUCUUGUAAUCCCAAGAGGAAGCAACAGACUUGUUACUCAAAUCAAGGGAUCAACUAAAAUUCCUGUUCUAGGCCAUGCUGAUGGAAUUUGCCAUGUAUAUGUUGAUAAAUCUGCUAAUAUGGAGAUGGUGAAGCAAAUAGUUUUGGAUGCAAAAAUAGAUUACCCUGCAGCCUGUAAUGCAAUGGAAACACUUCUUGUUCACAAGGAUUUGGUGCCAACAGAUGGGCUCAAUGACCUUAUCGUUAAACUCCGCAUUGAAGGUGUCACUUUAUUUGGUGGCCCAAAGGCCAGCACCUUGCUUGGUGUUCCAGAGGCAAAUUCAUUACAUUAUGAGUACAACUCACUGGCAUGCACCAUUGAAGUUGUGGAUGAUGUAUAUGCAGCCAUUGAUCAUAUACAUGAACAUGGGAGUGGUCAUACAGAAUGCAUCAUAGCAGAAGACAAGGAAGCCGCCAAAGUUUUUCUACGCCGAGUAGACAGCGCUGCUGUUUUCCAUAAUGCAAGCACAAGAUUCUGUGAUGGGGCUCGUUUUGGCCUUGGUGCUGAGGUUGGCAUAAGCACAAGCCGGAUUCAUGCUCGUGGUCCAGUUGGAGUUGAAGGAUUGUUAACUACUAGAUGGAUUCUUAAAGGAAGCGGACAAGUGGUGGAUGGUGACAAGGGAGUGGAUUAUAUUCACAAGGACAUAGCUAUUGAAUCCGAAAUUUACACUUAAAGAUUUGCAUCCCGCAUACCAGUAGUAGUCUUUAUGGGCUUUUGAUAUUGCUACGUCUUUUUUAUUCAUGUAGCAGCAUUAUUUUAUAAGGUGCUGAAAUAUAUUAGUCCUGAUUCUGUAUCCUUAGAUUUGCUGUCCAAUUCAAUAAGCAUUUUGUAUCAGAUUAGCAAUAUUAGCUACUUUACAUUCUCAUUCCCUUAUCGGGACAUAUAAUAAAUUUAGCAGUUUAAUGAAUGAUUUAUAUAUUUUUUA